GAUCUGUCAUUACAAGUUCUAUGACUGCGUAUUUUGUAUGUGAAAAAAACAGUCAUUAGGAACUCAAAAUUUUAUUUUAAAACUAAUAAAUGUUUAUCUGGAUACCUAUAAGACUACGUUUUAUCCUUUUCUGAGUUAAUAUUUUAAUGAAGACAUUAAAAUGAUUCGAAACCACGAAAAUUGUCAAUUUUCUUAGAGGUAUAUCCAAGAUGGUGGGUGUUUACUUUACUUUCAUCUGUUGUAUCAGUUUUUUAAUAACAGUGAAAUGUAACGUUUGUUCUGAGGUUUGUUCAUGUCUUGGAGGUCACGUUGAUUGUACCACCAAGAAUUUAAGAAGCAUACCACCCAAUUUGCCUGAGUGGUCAAAGCAGCUGUAUUUGAAUAGUAAUCAUAUUAAAGAUUUGAAUGCUGCAGUUUGGGAAAAACUUACAGAAAUACAGGAGUUGAAACUUAAUAAGAAUGAAAUUGAAGUCAUACCAAAGGAUGUUUUUGUGCACCAGCGACAUCUUAAGAUAUUAGAACUUAACCGGAACAAGCUUACUACAAUAAAAGGCUUAACUUUCAAGUCUUUGAAAUGCCUCGAUACUUUGAAAUUGAAAAAGAAUGAAAUACAUCAUCUACCUGAUGGAGCUUUCUUUGGAUUGGAACAUCUUUACAAGCUCUUUUUGGAUCACAAUAAAAUUUCUUCCAUAUCCAAGGAAUGGCUUUAUGGUUUACAUAAUUUAAAAGAACUCUCGUUGAGCCACAACAAUUUGAACAAAAUCAAUGUAGAUGCUUGGGAAUUCUGUUCUGGCUUGGUGAAUCUAGAUCUUUCCUAUAAUUUCCUGGAAUCUGUCCAGUCAGAUACUUUCAGGCAUUUGAGAGUCGUGCAGAAGCUGAAUCUGAAUAAUAAUAAGUUGAUGUUCAUUGAUGAAAAUGCUUUCAAUUCAUUGAUAAAUCUCAAGACACUAUAUCUGAAUGGAAACAAAUUAUCAACAGCUAUUGAAGAUGCUAAUGGUAUUUUUCAUAAUCUAACAAAAUUAACAAAAUUUCAUUUAGCAAAUAAUGAGAUCAAAUCAGUCAAUAAGAAUGCAUUCAGUGGACUCUAUUCUUUAAUAUUGUUAGACCUCACUAAUAAUAAUAUAACAUCUAUACAGGAAAAUGCAUUUGCUGAAAUACCUCAUUUAAUGGAAUUACAUCUCAAUACAACAUCUCUUUUAUGUGAUUCUAAUAUAAGGUGGUUCCACAAUUGGAUCAAAAAUCGCAAAUACAAUAUUAACACAGUAUGUGGCUUUCCACCAGAAUUGAAAGGAAAGAAUCUACAAGAAAUAAAAGCUAAUGAACUAUCAAGUAAUGAACUACCUAAGCCUAAGCUUUUAAAAAAUUUAGAUACAGACAUCAUGGCACUCAAGGGAGAAAAUGUUAGUUUGCAUUGUACUGCAAGAUCAAGCUCUGGUGCUAAUAUGACAUUUAGCUGGAAAAAAGACAACAAUGAGUUAGAUGAUAGUAUGUUCCAUAAUUUUAUAAUUAGCUCUUCCUCUCAAAAAGAAUUAGAUGUAGAUUCUGUGUUGAAUAUAACUCUAGUACAGAACUCUGAUGCUGGUAAAUAUCAGUGCAUAGUUUCUAACCAAUUUGGAACAGCCUACUCUCAAAAAGCGACCAUUUCGGUUAUGAUAUUUCCCACUUUCCUAAAAAUUCCCUCGAAUAUAACGGUGAAAGCAGGUGAAACAGCAAAGUUGGAAUGUUCCGCACAAGGUGAACCUCAACCAGAAAUAGCUUGGCAUAAGGAUAGUGGUAACAACUUCCCGGCUGCUAGUGAAAGACGAAUGUUCAUGAUGCCUACAGAUGAUGUGUUUUUCAUAACAGAUGUAAAAUUGGCAGACAUGGGAAUAUACAGCUGUACUGCUCAGAAUGCAGCAGGUACAAUAAUAGCAAAUGCUACCUUGAAUGUAGAACAGGAACCAUCAUUUGUGAAUGCAAUGGAAAAUAUGGAAAUCAAUGCAGGUGAAUCUGUUGUUUUCAAAUGCAAAGCAGCUGGUGCUCCUAAACCCACUAUACGUUGGUUAAAGAAUGGUCAACCUAUCAUUAGGACUGAACGACAUUUCUUCACAGCUGAAGAUCAACUUCUGAUCAUUGUUGACACUACACAGAACGAUUCAGGUGACUACCAAUGUCACUUGAAUAAUACUUUAGGACAAAGAACAGCAUUCAGUCGGCUCACAGUCAAGCCUAGCUUCUUAAGUUCAAGAGAUAUGUGGGGCAUAAUAAUAAUAGCAGUUGUGUGUUGUGCUGUUGUAACUUCCCUAGUGUGGGUUGUGAUCAUUUAUCAGACCCGAAAACAUAUAGCCUCACCACGAAGCCCUGAAUCUUCUGGUGCCUUUUCUCUACCAAAACUUUAUACUGAUGACAAUUCAGAUAAGGAUAGUGGAACCGGCGAUUCUGCAAAGAGAAGUAGUGACGAUUUAGCAGCAGAAGAGUUUGAUCUGAUAGUUGAAAGACCUAUGUAUUCUAUUAGAGAAACUCAUACUCCACUUCUCCAUUAUUCCAUACCUACAAAUCAUGAUCGAUCUAAAAUUGAGAUCCAUGAAUCACAAGUUGUCUCUGUGUGAGGUUUUUUUCUUUUUAUUUCUAAGUUAUUUAAUUUAUUAACUAGUAAAGCACCUGUAAUAACAGUAAGUUCAGGAAACAAACUUAUUGAUAUGCCUUCAUAAAGUAUUAUCAGGAUAGCCAAGUGGAAAAAUGAAGCAAAGUGUACUGUUUCAAAUGUAAAGCAUUUUGAUUUUUCAAUGAUGUAAAUAAUUUCGGAAGGUCUUAGUUGAAAAUUAAUUUUUGGGUUAUCAUUUUUACAAUAAAUGAAACAAUUAUCGAGUCCUUCAUGUACAAUUUUCCUUGUAUAUAUGUAUAUACAUAGAUUUUUUUUUUAAUCUUUAAAAGUUCCUCUUAUAAGGUAUAUAGUUUUAUCACUAUUUAUCCAUUUCCACAAAGAAAUGAGACCAAUUAGAUAGUAUAUUCCAUUAUUUAGGAAGAUUUGAUAUUUAAGCAAUAUUUGAACUGCGAAUGUCACAUACAAAUUAUUUCAGUACAUGGAGACCCAAAGGUGUUUAAUUUUUCAGGUAGUUUGUGGUCCAGUUCUUUUUAAAAUUUAGCUUCUAUAUUUUAAUGGUCUCAUUUUAUUAGUAUUAUUGAACAUACCUCAUUGUGAUCAUUUUAUUUUUGUUGAAAUAAAUAUUUUUUCCAAUA